AGAGAGAGAGGGAGGGAGAGAGAGCAACCAAGUACAGUGGGCGGUACUGCAGAAUGGACCAUGGCCACAGUCUGGAUCUGCAUCGUCGGCGACAAAGCAACGGGGAAGAGCUCGUUGCUCACGUCGUUUGUCAAAGAUGCCUUCAUCACAACCAGAAUACAAGCCGUAUUGCCGCCGAUAACUUUGCCUCCGACUCUGGGAACGCCCGAUAACGUAUCCACUACCAUUGUCGACACCUCCUCCUUGCCCCAGGAUCGCGAUGAACUUAAAAAGGCCUUGCGCAAAUGCAAUGUCAUUCUUCUCGUGUAUAGCGACCAUUAUAGCUAUGAGCGCGUGGCGCUGUUCUGGAUGCCGUAUUUUCGAUCUCUUGGGGUCAAUGUGCCGGUAGUGCUGUGUUCAAAUAAAAGUGAUUUGAAUCCUGGCGUUAGCACUGCAAUCGAGGAUGAGAUGCUACCCGUGAUGACAGAAUUCAAGGAGAUUGAUGCGUGCAUCAGGACCAGUGCGCGAGAGCACCACAAUAUCAACGAAGUGUUCUUCCUCUGUCAGAAAGCCGUGACACAUCCGAUCGCGCCCAUUUACGAUUCCAAGGAGAACGCUCUGAAACCAGCUGCAAUUGACGCACUCAAACGAGUAUUCUAUCUGUGCGACAAAGACCAGGACGGCUUUCUCAACGACAAGGAGAUUCAGGACUUUCAGCGCAAAUGCUUCGACAAGUCUCUAUCGAACGAAGACCUCGCGAACAUCAAACGAUCAAUACAGCGAUCGAAAAACGAGGCCAGUCAUGACCAACAAGAGAACAACGCCGGUCGAGGCAUCGAUGUCAGUGGCUUCAUCCACCUCAAUAAGAUGUUCGCCCAAAAAGGACGACACGAAACGGUCUGGAUCAUUCUUCGCAAGUUCCAAUAUUCCGACAGUCUUUCUCUUUCCGACACUUUUCUCCAUCCCAAGUUCGAUGUCCCCGCUCAUGCCUCCGCUGAGCUGUCACCUUUGGGCUAUCGCUUCUUUGUCGACCUCUUCCUAUUACAUGACAAGGACAAUGAUGGCGGUCUCAGCAAUGCUGAACUGGCCGCACUUUUCGCGCCCACACCCGGUAUUCCAGCCCUCUGGGUCGACUCGGGUUUUCCUUGCAGCACUGUCAGGAACGAGGCGGGAUACGUGACCCUCCAGGGCUGGCUGGCACAAUGGAGCAUGACCACGUUCGAGGACCCCAGGAUCACGCUCGAGUAUCUUGCAUAUCUGGGGUUCGAGAUUGAUGGGAAAGGCACAAUCACGGCCUUGAAAGUGACCAAGCCGCGCAAGCGGCGCCAGAGACCUGGCAGGGUGGAGAGAAACGUCUUCUUGUGCUAUAUCAUCGGAGCGGCGCAAAGUGGCAAGUCGGCCUUGCUGAAUGCCUUUCUCGCCAGACCGUUCAAUGCCACCUAUCAUCCUACCAUCAAACCACAAACAGCCGUCAACAGUGUGGAGCUCCAAGGCGGCAAACAGUGUUAUCUCAUCCUCGAGGAGCUCGGAGAACUCGAGCCCGCCAUCCUCGACAACCAAGCCAAGCUCGACGCAUGCGACUUGCUCUGCUACACAUACGACAGCAGUGACCCCAACAGCUUCGCGCACAUUACCCAUCUCCGCAAGCGCUAUCCCGCUCUACUCUCUUCGAUCCCAUCAGUGUACGUCGCCUUGAAAGCCGACCAAGACCGCGCCGUGCAACGAACGGAAAUCCAACCCGACGUCUUCUGCGAGCAGCUGAAGAUGGCGAAGCCGCUGCAUGUGUCUGCGAAAUGGACUUCCAUCAGCGACUUCUUCGUCCAUCUGGCCGAGUGUGCGACGUAUCCCUCGCAGGCGCUCCCGAAGAGCGAAGACGAUUCCGUCGACCGCACCACUCUGUAUGUGGGACUGGCGGCUACAAUUGGAGUGGCAACUGCCUUUGCCUGGGUAUGGAAACGCAAUGUGGAAUCUUGACACACACACCGCCCCGUUGUUGGAGGAGAAAUAAUGACAAGAAAAAAAAAGGCAAGAUAAAUAUCGACUUUACGUAACUCGAUAGUGCGGCUGUACUCUUGAC